GCCGGUGCCUUUACUGUAGUGUUUAGGAGAAUUUCUAAGGUUUAUACAAGUCACGUCAUGUCAAAGUCUUUCUUUCAAAACAUUGACCCAAUUCCCAUUUCGGAGGUCUUUCGUCUUUUGGAUCAAUUCAAUGAAGAUACGCAUCCGAAGAAAGUUAAUCUUGGCAUUGGAGUAUAUCGUACUGAUGAAGGAAAGCCGUGGAUUUUACCUGUUGUAGCAAGUACUGAAGCAACUAUUGCAUCAGAUAAGACACUUAAUCACGAAUACCUUAGUAUGGAUGGGAUGAAGGAACUUUACACAUUGGCAUCAAAGUUAAUUCUCGGAGCAGAAAGCCCUGCAAUUGUCGAGAAUAGAGUUUGUGCUGUUCAGGCUUUAUCAGGAACAGGAAGCUUACGUGUAAUAAUGGAGCUCCUUUACAGAUUUCUACCCACUAAAGUCAUAUAUACAUCAAAGCCAACAUGGACCAAUCACAAGACAGUAGCUCGGUAUAUUGGUUAUACGGACCUGCGAGAAUAUCGUUACUAUAAUGAACAAACUCAUGGUUUGGAUUUAAAUGGAAUGUUGGAAGAUUUGCAGAAUGCUCCAGAAGGAUCAGUCAUCAUACUUCAUGGCUGCGGACAUAAUCCAACUGGCGUGGAUCCUUCACAAGAAGAAUGGAAAAAAAUUGCAAAUGUUGUGAAGGAGAAGCAUCUUUUUCCAUUAAUGGACUUUGCUUAUCUUGGUUUGGCAUCCGGUGAUAUAGAUCAGGAUGCUUUUUCAAUUCGUCAUUUUGUUUCUGAAGGCAUUGAACUCGCGUGUGCGCAAUCUUUUGCAAAGAAUUUUGGCUUGUACUCUUCUAGAAUUGGAUGCGCUUUCUUUGUUGCUAACACUUCCGAGUUUAUCAACGCUUUACGCAGUCAGGUAAAAAUGAUUAUACGUGCCACCUGGUCAAAUCCUCCAGUCGAGGGUGCGCGUAUCGUCGCAAAAAUCCUCGGCAACCCUGCGUCACUUGCCGAAUGGAAAGAGUGUAUCGCGAUUAUGUCGAGACGGAUUACGUCAUCGCGUAAGGAUCUAUAUCAAAUGUUGCGGCAGUUGGGAACUCCCGGGAACUGGGAACACAUUAUCAAGCAUUGUGGCAUGUUUACUUUUACUGGCCUAAACCGGAGACAAGUGAGCUAUUUGCUAGAAAAGUAUCAUAUUUACAUGUUGAGCAGUGGUCGUAUCAACAUGUGUACUGUUACCACAGCUAACUUGGAUUAUGUUGCCAAGGCAAUUGAUGAUACGGUCCGAAAUGUUACUGAAUAGCGAUGUUGACGUCUUUAAUGGCGACAAGACCAUUUAUAAAAUUGGGAUUAUUAGAGAAACUAUAUGUCUUAUAUUAUUAUCCGAGAUAUAAUAAGUAAAUAUGACGCUAUGGGAAAAUGAAAAUAUAUAUUAUCGAAAGCUGUU